AACCCACAACCACAGACCCGAAAAAGCCUCAAGUUGACCGAAAAGAUCGAUCAACAUGGUGUCUGCUUCCACAACUGCAAUGGCUGAGAAGAUUUCUUGGUAUUGUGCUUUGUUCUUGGCCCUGAUGCUGGUUUUAAGCUGCUGUCAAUCAAGCGAAAGCGAAUUCAAUUCGAGAAUGCUACAAGUCCACAGGAGUCGUUUGAACAAGCCGUGUGAUGAAAUUUACGUGGUUCAUGAAGGCGAGACACUGCAAACGAUUAGUGAAAAAUGUGAAGAUCCUUACAUUGUUGAAGAGAAUCCACACAUUCAUGACCCUGAUGAUGUUUUCCCUGGCUUGGUCAUUAAGAUUACUUCAUACAAAUAAAGGUAGAUAUUAUAUAUUCAAGAGUUUCUCCUUUUAAUUUGUUGUAACUAAGGAAGCAAGCGCGCUUAUACAAUUUGAUUUUCGACGAGAAGUUACCUUUGAUGCGCUUAUACUUUUGUAUGUGUUGUUAUACAGUCAAAAUUAGCUAGACAUGUAAAAGCUUUAGAGAUCCCAUCAUCGGCUUGUACGUUGCUUAAAUGGGUAUUUAAGGUAGCAUCGUGCCUAGGGCUGUCACUCGGUCGGUUCGAAUCGGUUAUAGGUUUUACCAACUUCAAAACCAAAGCUUUCGGUUUCAAAACUGAGCUACCAAUUACCAACCAAAAUUUUCGG